UAUGCAGUCCCGCACUGUGCUCCUGGAGUUGAUGUUGUUAGCAUUAUCACACCUGAUCAAUAACUAUUAAUGAAGGAAACCAUGGCUGAUUCAAGAUGUGGCUCUUGCUCUGCCGUUGCUAUGGAAACCAGAGCUGCAGCGCUGCAGGCUCAAAUUGGGAGUUGGAAGAAAAAGAUGGGAAAGAGAAAAAAAGACAUAGAGAAGGAGGGGGUAUUUCAGCUGGAAUGGGGGAGAAAGGUAGUCCCUGUAGUUAUAAACACAAAUGCAAGUGUUUUAGGAUUCUUUUACCACUUACUAGCAAACCAUCUUUGGCUAUCUGAUUUUAUAAACAAAUGUAUUUGUUUUUGUAAAUUAAUAUUUUUUUCUGUCUUUAGUGUUUUGGAGGCGUUCGUGUACUUCCUGCGCUAAAACAUCAUGGUCUUCUAUUGAUAUUUAUGCUUUAUGCGUAGGCUACAUUCCUGACGACUCGUUUCAAUAGUCACAGCGCCCUCUGUAAUGCGCACUCCCGCUCCGAACCUCUAGACGGCGACGGUAAGUCACGUGUUUUACCAGAGAGUACACGAGGAAAACUUCAAGCAUACCAAACACUUCAGUGAACAAUCCUUCCUGCUCAUUCAGCAACAGUUCAGUGAUUUAGAACUUAAAUGCCACUGUAAACAUAAAUUAAGUUAUUUUUUUAUGUUUGUCAUCUUAUAGAUGUAGUUGCUUUUAAAGAAUGUUUGUUUCGAGACUCGUGAGUGUAAUGACAGUCAGUUUCUUGCAUUGCCAAUAAAUCUGUGAUGGUUAAAUAUUCACAUGAACGAUGGCAAAUCCAUGUAACAUUGCUACUGACCUGGAAAAAUACAUUGUGAAAGAGGCUCCUCCAACUAUUUAUUACUUUCCAAAUUUUAUAACGGAGACUGAGGAGGAGUAUCUGUUGCAGCAGGUAUACAGAGCUCCUAAGCCCAAGUGGACACAAUUGUCAGGAAGGAGGCUACAGAACUGGGGUGGAUUGCCAAAUCCCAAAGGAAUGCUUGCUGAAAAACUCCCUGAUUGGCUGCUAAAGUACACAGAGAAAAUAUCUGCCCUUGGAGCUUUUGCUGGAAAGACAGCUAAUCAUGUGCUUGUAAAUGAAUACCAGCCUGGGGAGGGAAUUAUGCCUCAUGAGGAUGGACCACUGUAUCACCCCACAGUAACAACUAUCAGUUUGGGUUCUCAUACAGUUCUAGAUUUCUACAAGCCUGUUUGUCAGACUGAGUCUGAAGUUCCUCAAACAGAAGAAAGCCGCUACAUGCUAUCGCUGUUGGUACAACGAAAAAGUCUACUGAUUCUCCAGGAUGAUAUGUACAAGUGUUAUCUGCAUGGUAUUCAAGGAGUUUCUGAGGAUAUUUUGUCAGAGCAUGUGGUAAAUCUCUCAUCAACGGGUGCUCAAGUGGGCGACGCCCUGCCCCGUAGCACCAGAGUCUCCCUUACCAUCCGCCACGUUCCCAAAGUCGUCCGGGCCAAUCUGUUGCUUGGCAAGAAGUGACACAAUCAGACUUGAUUGAACUUUGAACUAGACCAACAGGUUAUACAUGUUUACACCCCCAAAGCAAAGUGUCUAAAUGUAAUGCACAAAAGUGGCUACAAUAUAUUAUUGUACAUGUCUAUAAGGAUAUCUCACUGUAGAUACCUUACUGGGUGACGUUUAUGCAGCAGCCUUUGAAAUACUUGUCCUCUGAAGGCUGAAAGGUCUACAGUGUUGUCUAAUCUUGUACAAAAGCAUCUACAUUGACCAUUUUCAGUGAAAAGUUAAACAAAUGGCUAUUUUACAACUAAAUAAAUAAGGAUUUUUGCUGUA